AGUGGGGCAUGUAAGUAUCCUUCAGAAGUUUACUUUGCCAACCUAUAUUGUGGGAUAAACCUGCUAAUCCAUGCAACCUUGGACGAUCCGCUGAGAAUAAGUAAAUUUCAUGACAUGAGCUGGUUGAGGAAGCCACAAUGAAAACCCACUACAUCACAACAUAGACUUGGUUCAUUAAUCUGGAGAGCCCAGGGACUGGAGGAGGGAGCUUGCGACAUCUGAGCCAGACCUGUGGCGGGCCGGCCUGCCCCCCAGCAGGCAGCUUGGCCCGAAUGCUGCUUAGUCAGGCUCCCAGGCAGAGCUGAGCUGUGGAUGUGCCCGGACCUGCCGCCACCAGGUGUCUGCGUCUGGGCUGGGAGGUGACGGCACAACUGUGACUCCUGCCUCCUGCUGUUUCCCAACAGUGUCCCCAGAAGAAUGUGGAGGACCCAGGCCAGGCCACCUCGGGAAGCCUGACAGAGCCGCAGUUCUCUGGCCGCGCUGCAAUGUCAAAAGGCUUUGUCAGCGUGCACCCGUGACCCUCACGCGGUCCUGCCCGCACCCCCAGGGCUGGCUCCGCCCCCGAACCAGAGUGGGCUCGGGUCUGAAGCAGCUUCCGCGCCUGGCUCCUGUGAUGUGCAGUUUCCAGCAUUCACUCCCAAACCUCCAUAGCUAAAGGGGUCUGCGCCUUUCGGACCCAGAACCUGGCACCCUCUGUCCACCUGACAGCAACUUGCUUUUCCCGUUCAUCUCCCGUCUUCUCCCCCCACCUGAGAUCAAGGAUGGGGUUUGUUUCCCUCCGCCCAAGGACUGACACCAGCAGCAAGGCUAUCGGCUGCACUCUCAACUGUAGCUGCCAGACUUUCAAGCCGGGGAAGAUCAACCACCGCCAGUGUGAGCAGUGCAGACACGGAUGGGUGGCCCACGCUCUGAGCAAGCUGAGGAUCCCUCCCGUGUAUCCCACAAGCCAGGUGGAGAUUGUCCAGUCCAAUGUGGUGUUUGACAUCAGCAGCCUCAUGCUGUACGGGACCCAGGCCAUCCCUGUUCGCCUGAAAAUCCUACUGGACCGGCUCUUCAGUGUGUUGAAGCAAGAUGAGGUUCUCCAGAUUCUCCAUGCCCUGGACUGGACCCUUCAGGAUUAUAUCCGUGGAUACGUGCUACAGGAUGCAUCGGGAAAGGUGCUGGAUCACUGGAGCAUCAUGACCAGCGAGGAGGAGGUGGCCACCUUGCAGCAGUUCCUUCGUUUUGGGGAGACCAAGUCCAUCGUGGAGCUCAUGGCAAUUCAGGAAAAAGAAGAGCGGUCCGUCAUCAUCCCGCCGUCCACGGCGAAUGUGGACAUCAGGGCCUUCAUCGAGAGCUGCAGCCACAGGGGUGCCGGCCUCCCCGCUCCUGUGGACAAGGGGAACCCCAGCAGCCUGCACCCCUUUGAGAACCUCAUCAACAACAUGACCUUCAUGCUGCCUUUCCAGUUCUUCAACCCUGUGCCUCCCACACUCGUAGGGUCCCUGCCCGAGCAGUACGUGCUGGAGCAGGGUCAGGACCAAAGUCAGGACCCCAAGCAGGACAUCCACGGACCCUUCCCCGGCAGUGGCUUUGUGACCUCCGGCUCCACACCAUUUCAGGUGGAAAGAGAGCAGUGUCUAAACUGCCCGGAUCCGGUGACGAAAAAGGAAGACAACGCCCAUCUGAGUGACUCCAGCCCAUACAACAUCGUCACGAAGCUCGAAAGGACACAGCUGUCCCCCGAGGCCAAAGCGAAGCCCGAGAGGACCAGCCUGGGCGCGAAGAAGGGCCGGGUGUUCUGCACGGCCUGUGAGAAGACCUUCUACGACAAGGGCACGCUCAAGAUCCACUACAACGCCGUCCACCUGAAGAUCAAGCACAAGUGCACCAUCGAGGGCUGUAACAUGGUCUUCAGCUCCCUCAGGAGCCGGAACCGCCACAGCGCCAACCCCAACCCCCGGCUGCACAUGCCCAUGAACAGGAACAACAGGGACAAAGACCUGCGCAGCAGCCUGAACCUGGCCGCCUCGGACGGCUACGAACGCCCGGCCUUCACGGUGAGCUCUGCCGACUGCAGGCCCCUGGCCGGCUUCGGUGCGGGGGAGGCUUCCGGGGGCCAGCCGGCCUUCCCCAGCCUUGGGCAAAACGGGGUGCUUUUCCCCAACCUAAAGACGGUCCAGCCGGUCCUGCCUUUCUACCGCAGCCCGGCCACUCCGGCCGAGCUGGCGAACACGCCCGGGGUGCUGCCUUCUCUGCCUCUCCUGUCCUCUUCCAUCCCGGAACAGCUGGUGUCGAACGAGGGGCCGCUUGACGCCCUUCCCAAGAAGAAAUCCCGAAAAUCCAGUAUGCCCAUCAAAAUCGAGAAGGAGACCGUGGGAAUCGCCAACGAGAAGAGGCAGGUGCUCAGCUCGGAUGAAGACGUGCCCCCGCGGGUGGCCCGCGGGGACGAGCCGGAGGCCUGCAGUCCUCAGUCGGACAGAGCCCCCGGGGACCAGGACACGCGGUCAGGAGGAGAGACGGGCUGCCGCGGAGACUCGGGGAUGAAGGCCGGCGGAGCCAUCAGCAGAAGCCCCGAGCAGGCCCCGCAGCGCGCGGAGAGCGAGGCUAAGCAGGAGCCCGCGGUGCCGAGGGGGCCGGACGACGGCGGCCGUGAGCUUCACCUCACACCCGGGACGGAGCCCUGCGUGCCCUUUCCGGACUACGUCAGACUGCAGCAGCACCUGCUGGCCGGCGGGCUCUUGGGCGCUCUGUCCAGCAGAGGGAUGGCUUUUCCUUGUUUCGAAGAGUCUAAAGAGCCAGACGUCGCGGGUCAGCGUGCACUCGGCCGGCAGAAGGAAGAAAACCGCUUCCAGUGCGACGUCUGCAAGAAGACCUUUAAGAACGCCUGCGGCGUGAAAAUGCACCACAAGAACAUGCACGCCAGGGAAACCCACGUGUGCACAGUGGAAGGUUGUAACGCCACCUUCCCCUCGCGCAGGAGCAGAGACAGGUAAGACACCCGUCGGUAAUCGUGUCUCCCAAGGCACCGAU